CGUAAAUUUGCCAUUGUGGCCGUCCGCUUACCUUUAUUCACCUUUUUUUGUCAUCUUACACUUAGCAGAGAUACCGACAACAAUUUCUGAUUUGGCAGGACUCUAGCAGAUAUUCUUGCACCACGUUUAUUUCAGCUAGGGUGAUCUUCCCCUAGAAGUCGGCGCCUCAAUUUGCCAGUUCAAAACAGCAGUCCUCGCACAUCCGCAUAAUUUCCGGCAAUAGUCUUGUUUUACAGUGAAACUGAGGGGAGAUAAAUACAUCAGCUUGGCAGCACCAGAUAAUCGAUAAUAACUUUCGAAGAUGGCUCGACGGCGGGCGAAUGGUUUCAUUCGUGUUUGAACAAACCAAACGGCUACCCAUAAACCCGUCCAAAACCUGCACCAUGAAGGGCGAACACGAUACAGUCGUUACCUACAUUGCGUUGCUGCUGAUGUGCCGUUUUCUAUGGUUCCUAAUCGAUUUUUCCAGCGAAGACUGCUGCUCAUUCCGACAGCGGAGAGGCAGAGAGCAGUGAUUUGGUAUGGAAUGGUGAGCUCGCGAGCUAUCCUGAACGCUACAUACAGUGACUGGGCUCGAUGCGUUAUUAGGCCUCGGUCGACAUUCCAAGUAGGCGGGGAAAGUAACAGAGGAAUCUGUCUCUGUUGAACUGCUCCAGGUAGGCAGAAUUUAAUUGGAGUCUUUUCAUCUUCUAUACAAAGAUUAAAAUGGAUUUCUGGUUUCUGAACUGGACGGUAGUUAACGGCAGCGGACAUUUCAUCCAGCAUGGACGAUUAAACGGGACAUUCAACUUGUCAUGUGAUACUGUUGCGUUUAUCGAGACAGAGGACGAGGUAGAGCGGUAUUUGUACAGCUCUAUGGAGAAGAUUGUCAACACUUACAUCCUGCCGGUCAUUAUGGCCAUUGGUCUUCUGUCUAAUAUCGCUUUCCUCUUCGUGGUGGCUCGCGUCCACCGGAUGAGGACGGUGGUCAACGUGUAUUUGGUCAGCCUGGCCUUUGCUGAUAUCCUCUUUCUGGGUGCCGCCAUGGGUCAGGACAUUGCCCACUUUGCCAGCUCACCUGUCGCUAAGGACCAGGGCAAUGUCAACUUCGGCCUGUUUAUCGUCAUGUACGUCUUCACGUACGUUGCCUUCUUCACCAGUGAAUUUCUGGUGACGGCAGUGGCGUUCGAGAGAUUCUACGCCGUGUGCCGCCCCAUGAAGGUGUUUGUGGGCAACGCUGACCCGUGGAAUGCGUCCAAGUUAGUGGUGCUGUCUUGGGCAGUGGCGGCCGUGCUUGCUGCGACCACGGUGCCGUCGCAGUGCCGGACCGUCGUAUAUUGCAUGUUAUGGCCGACCAGAGAACUGGAGGCCACCUUGCCGGCCACCCUGACCGCUUACGUGUCCACCUCCGAAGCGGCCUUCCGCUACGCCAGCUUCAUGCAGACGUGCCCUUUCUUUGUGGCCAUGGCUGUGAACAGCGUGCUCUUCGUGCGCGUCAUGCGGGCCAUGAACGACCGGCUAGGCGUGAUCGGCCGCCAAGCUGCUGGCGUUCGCAAGAACUUAGAAGUCCGCAACCAAAUUGCACGUAUGCUCGUCAUUAACGGGGUCAUGUUCUUCAUACUGAUGGCACCAUUCCAGACCCUGUCCCUCUACUGGUUCAUUCGGCGACUGACAGGGUACACACGAUACCAAUCCAACAAGUCGUUCGAAGCUGGCCUUCUGUUCAGUCACCUGCUGACGUAUUGCAACUCGGCCAUCAACCCCAUCAUCUAUAACGUGACCAACUCCCGCUACCGGAGGGCCUUUUACGAGGCCUUCAACCUGACCUGUAGGUCCACAUGCCGCGAUGAUCCAUCAGCCCAGGGUGAGACAGGGAAGAAGGACCGCCGAGCCAUCUUCGCUACCUGUAGCUCCAUGAAGACCACAAAUGGGUCACUGCGAAGCGCCAUGAAGAGCAUCGAUCGACUGACAACUGAAGAAUCCCGAGCAUAAAGGCCCCAGCAGUGAUUAGAUAGAUAUUGUUUAAUUAAUACAGUUCGUUCCUUUAAAUUGGGCAAAACGAGCAGUGAUAUUAAACAAUUGUAGGUUUGUUGCAAAAUGUAAAUUGCUGCAGGAACAAGAGUUGCUAAAUGUUAACUGUAGCUCAGUAUUCUAGCACCAACAAAGCAACAUUCAACAGCAGUGCUUGCAUGAUGGGGGACGGCAAAUAGAAUUGUGUCGUCAGAAGUCAUUCACUAAUAAAAGUGGAAUUUUUGUGUCGUCCAAGUUGUCACAGACCUUAUGUAUGAGCGCAUGCUUUGGCACCUGUAUUCCCUAAACGUGCUUGUGCUUAAGUGGCUUUGCUGUGACAAUAGACAAGAGGACUACAUUAUCAUGUCAAGCAACAGUUUCUGCCACAGUGCCGCUAUUCGUAGUGAUGUUACCUUUUAUUUGUUACCUUUAUUACUCUUUUAUUGCUCCAUUGUAUUUAGAAUGCAUGUUUUUAAAACAUUUUUAAACCAACACAUUAAAAAUCCAUGUUAUACUUUCAAGACAGGGAAGGGAGGUCAACAGCUUUUUUGUAGAACGGAACUAUAUUGUAAUGAUUGUGGCAUACAUUGACAGGUUUCAAUCGCUUUGUAAGAUGUUUCAUAGGGCUUUUGGCGUACCGCAGCAGAAUGCGACAUUUAAGUGUAAUGUGUUUACACAAUGUAAACCUCAUAGGUGAUAAGUAUAUCUGUGGGCCAUCUUAAUUAGAAAGAAGUUUUGUAUUGUAAUGGCAUUAUCUCUAGGAAGUAUAUUUAUUACCCAAUUUAUCGACUCUCGGGAAAAAGUGCGCCCUCAAUUAUUAAGUGAAGUUCCAGCCAAACACGAGAGUCCUGAGCCUCAAAAAUUGUCCCUUCAAGUCCAUUCAUCAAUUUUAAACUACAUAACCCUAGAAGUUUGUGAUCGCGUAGCAUUGAUUUUCAGAUCGGUCCUAUUCUGUCGUUUCAUCCUCUAGACUGUGAAUCAAAAGUCUCACUCAUGAUUGGUUCACAUAGGGUCACAUUUUACCACGGUUCAAAAUGGUUCCUUUUUUCGUCACGGUAUAAGUUUACUAGUCCAGGAGAAGAUUAUUUUACACAAGACAUUAGGAAAAUCUGACUUGAAUAAAGGCUAUACUCGUAUCUCCGAAGGUUUUUUUCAAAAGGAAGAAGAGUGCGACAUUUCAACAGAGGAAGCUUCCACGAGGACGACUAGUCUCCUCCCAAGACUGCAAUAAAACCAUGUUCCCGUAGGAAAAUACAUAGUGUAUUCCCAAGACAGUUUUGAAAAAGAAAACGCGUCCAAAUAGGAGAAGUUUAGUCCAAAUAAAUUGUGCAGGUGUCGUGCUAUGGGUUUCUCUCAUGUCGGAACAGGGUGUGACAAUAACAAACGUUGCCAAAACGUCUGGCAGUAAUGUUGGAGGAAAAAAUGACAUUCAUCCUUUUUCAAAAGGAGGAGCGAAUGUAAACUGUGACCAUCACUCCGCGCCCUGCUUCCACAGUACGUGGGAACGAUAUACUUCCUGCAGUCGUAUCAAUAUGUUGGAUUCCUGUGCAAAUUUUAUCAUUGGUGGAUAUAUUCAAAGAUAGAAAUCGUAUCUUUCAAAGCAUGCACACAUGUUAAACGCCAGCUUGGUUUCACCAUGGGCGAAACUGUUGUGUUAAUGAUUAAAUGACGCAUAUAUCUUUCAACAUGGCUUUGUAUUUGUGAUUGAUCGUAGAAAAUUUUAACAAAACAACAAUUGUUGAUAUCGCGAUUUUUUGAAAUGUUUGAAGUUAUUGUUGCCUUGAAUAAAAGCGUCCUUGAUGACUUGUCCGUAGUGUGA